CCUGCUUGGCACACUUGGGUAGCCUUGGCUUGGUAGCUUGGUAGCUGAUGGCUGCUGGCUUGGCCGCCUUCCUCCCAGUUAGGCCCUCCUUCAUUCGACCUGAGACUUGUGUGAAGGACUGUGGACAGGAAGUGGGGCAGCUCUCGCCUGCGACCACGAGUCGAACAGUUGAAAUUGUCAAAGAGCCGCAAGCUGAACCUGCUCCAGCGUGGCAUGACGGAGCGGCGACGGCGGAGUUCCGCGGCUUGCGGGAGCUGAGCCUGCGGGGCCACAAGGUCACCUCGAGUGACGAGAUUGCAGCAGAGCUUGCAGACCAAAUGCAGCUAGCUGAGCAGGAGCUGGUAGAUCUCACAUGGCAAGCUGAAUGCGAAGAGUGCCGGCAUAGCCAGGAAGUGGAGGAAUGCUCGCCAGGCCUACCGCGAAGCGAAGGAAGACGCGGCGGUGGCACAAGGCCAAGCUCAGGAGUCACAAACCUCGGUGGAUGAAGCGCAAGCAGAGGUGGCGUCCUUGCGCGGCGCGUUGGACCAGGCCCUGGCUGACUUGGAGGACGCUCGAGCCUCAUACCGUGCCACGGAAGCACGGGUCGCCUUGGAUGAAGAGCUGCUCAGAGAUGAGGUGGCUGAGGCUCGGGCGCGAGGACGAGGAGACCAUCGUCGUGAAGCGGAGUUGAGACAAGAGCUGUCCCAAUGUCUGCAGCGAGAGUCACAGGGCCGCGCGCUCUUGCAGCGACUACGGGCCCUGCGCUGCGAUGCGGACGCUUUGAAAGAGCCCGAACCACAGGAGUGCCAGGAAGCUGAGGAGAACGAGACCAACGAGCGCGGGUUCGAGGCUGAGGAGAACGAGUCCACUGAGUCCGAGGCCGACGCACGGCAAAGUGGCCAGGUGGCAGUGGCCGAGGCUUUUGCCUCUUGUGAUCAAGGUUUGGCAGAGUCUGCGGAGCAGCAGCUCCAGUGGUUGCGCAGCCGAGCACGAAAGCUGCACGCGGUGAAGGAACAACUGCAGCAGCUGCGAAGGCAGCGGCUGUCGCAAGAAAGAGAGUGCCAGGGGCCAACUGAAGCCAGCUUCGCACCUUUGCAGAGACCCUGGGGUUUGACGUGAGCGAAAA